CUUAUAUAUAUAAGUCGAUCCUCAUUUCACAUUCCCCAUGCAUUUUAAGCAUACACAAACUUGAGAAGAAAAAGAGUACUAAUAUUAUCAUGAGUAGAGAGACGAUGGCUGAUGUUGAUGAAGCUAGCUCGUUACCGAUAACGCCACGGACGGUAACGGUAGCUCCAACGUUUCAUUUUGAUGAUCAGUUUGGCUCUUUACCCAUAACUCCACGGACGGCGUCACUAACUCAAACGCCGUCCGUAGUAUCUUUACCGGUAACACCACGGACGGCGUCAGUAGCACCAACGCCGUCCAUAGUAUCGUUACCUCCUUCACAAUUUCACUCUCCAUCUCUUUCUCGAUCACCGUUACUUAACGUGGGAGAUCAUGCUGCAAAUCGAACCAGUAAAACCCCAAGAUCACGAGGAUUAACGCCGCGUUUCAUCACUCCUUUGGGAAGUCCUCUUAGAAAGGCACUUAAAAUGACAAGAUUAGACCCACAGGAUGCUUGGCUUCCCAUCACUGAGUCACGAAAUGGAAACGCAUACUACGCUGCGUUUCAUACACUUUGCUCUGGGAUUGGUAUCCAAGCCCUUGUCUUACCUGUUGCCUUUACCAUACUUGGCUGGGCUUGGGGUAUCAUUAGCUUAACGGUAGCAUUUGUAUGGCAGCUCUACACACUCUAUUUAAUGGUUCAACUUCAUGAAAACUAUGAAACAGGAAUGCGUUACAGCAGAUACCUGCAACUGGCAUGCGCAACAUUCGGUGACAACUUAGGCAAACUAUGUGCAGCGUUUCCUAUCGGAUAUCUCUCAGCGGGUACAUGUUGUGCGCUGAUUAUAAUAGGAGGUUCAACAGCAAAGCUGUUAUAUCAGACUUUAUGCGGAGCAACAUGUAGUAAUCCAAAGCCAUUAACAACGGUGGAAUGGUACUUGGUUUUCACUUGUGUUGCAGUGGUUUUAGCACAGUUACCAAACUUGAAUUCUAUAGCUGGAAUUUCCUUAGUUGGUGCUGUUACGGCCGUUGGAUAUUGUACAGCAUUAUGGACAGUUUCAGUUGCUGAGGGUAGACUUCCUAAUGUGUCAUAUGAUCCAGUUAGGAAGGGAACUCAAGUUGCUAGGAUCUUUGAUCUUCUUAAUGCUCUUGGUAUUAUUGCUUUUGCUUUCAGAGGCCACAAUCUCAUACUUGAAAUUCAGGCCACAAUGCCUUCAAGUGAGAAGCACCCAUCGCGAGUACCUAUGUGGAGGGGUGUACAAUUCUCAUAUUUACUCAUAGCAAUGUGCUUAUUCCCCCUAGCAAUUGGUGGCUACUGGGCUUACGGUCAUUUGAUUCCAGCAAAUGGGAGCAUGUUAACCGCAUUGUUUGCAUUCCAUAGCCAAGACGUUUCACGAUCAGUAUUAGCUCUGAUAAGUAUUUUUGUGAUAAUAAACGCGGUGAGUUCCUUUCAAAUCUAUGGAAUGCCAAUGUUUGAUGAUAUGGAAUCAGCAUACACAACUAGGAGCAAAAAAGCAUGUCCGUGGUGGCUCCGUUCGAUAUUCCGGGCAAUUUUCGGAUUCGUGUGCUUCUUUAUAGCCGUAGCAAUUCCAUUCUUGGGUAGUUUUGCUGGGCUUAUUGGAGGAAUUGCACUGCCUGUUACUUUUGCUUAUCCAUGUUUCAUGUGGCUUAAAGUCAAGAAACCCCACAAAUAUUCUUUAAGUUGGUGGGUAAAUUGGGGACUUGGUCUCUUGGGAAUGGGCUUAAGUGGGAUCUUGGUUGCUGCUGGUUUGUAUGUUGUCAUUGACACUGGUGUUAAAAUUAGCUUCUUCAAUCCUCAGUGAGUAGUUUUCUACCAAAAAAAAAUAUAUGUGUGGAGAAAACUUUACUAGUAUGAACAUAUUUGCCAACUUGGUGAAAUAUUGAAAAGGUUGGUGGAGUAGGUUUAAGAAAGAAUUUAAUUUGUUGGUAGGUAGAUUUUUUGUAAUUCUUGAUGGAAAUUCAAAGGAAUAAGUUGGUGAUUAUUCCACAUGAACGGGUUUGAAUACUUUGCUUU